AUGUCUAUAAAGCAUUUUUCUCUGGAAUACAAUCAAUUGAACAAAAGAAGAACUUUCUCACCUGGAGAUGUCCUCUCCGGUAGAGUAUUUGUGGUGGCCAGCAAGGAGACCAGGGUGCAAUUGUUGGUGGUUAAAGCUAAAGGAACAGCAGAGGUGAAAUGGUAUGGGCAAGAUGGAGGAACCACAGUGCACCAUCAAGAUGAAGAGAAAUAUUUCUACAUGGAGCACAUUAUUAUUCAGGAUAAAAAUAAAGGAGAUGGAUCAGAAAUCAUUCGCCAAGGAAAGAGUGUAUACCCUUUUACCUUUAAGAUUCCAAAUAAAGAUAUGCCUUCAUCGUAUGAAGGGAAAUGGGGCCGAAUCACAUACAGUUUACAAGCUCAACUGACUCAGUCAAUUUGGAGCAUUCACAAAACGAGGAUUGAGUUCCCAUUUCUUACCAAGUCUGAGUUCCCCUUUGCCUCCACAUCAGAAAUGUUGAUCAUCGGUCUUAAAGAGCGGCAAAGUGCAACCAAAAUUUCAUUUUACGGCUCUGGAAAGGUUACUUUGAAUGUAACUUCAGAGAAAAUGGGACUGACGCAAGGUCAACAAAUGGAAGUGUCUGUUGAAGUCAUCAAUGGCUCAAAUAGUGCAGUAACUCCCAAAUUCUUCCUUUGUGAAAAGCAAAUAUUUGUGGCUCAGUCAGAGACGCUUGUGCACACAAAUGAGAUUCUCUUCGGUUCAGGCCAGUCUGUUGCGGCUCGGACCAGUCGCACCAUCAGUAAUGUUCUAAGUAUCCCUAUGCAGCUCCACCCUACCUUCUGCAACUGCUCCGUGAUCAAGCUCGAGUAUAUGCUCAAGGUCAUCCUUGGUGACCCACUGGCUAGAGAUCCAGACAUCAAACUUCCUGUGGUCAUUCUACUGGGUCCAUCCCAAGAUUCUUAUCCAUAUCGUCAAAACCAUAAAAGGUCCAUGGGACAUAGAAGCUUGCCAAAUUAG